UGCGCCUAUCUCUCAUCUUAACGCUGAAGUGCAGAACGCUCUUGUGCGAAGAACGAAGAAGCGGAAGAUUGGAAAGAACGAAGACGAACUCACGAGCCUGAACCCUGCGACGAAGACGCGACAAACAGGAAUAGGAGAACCGCAGAACGCCAGCUGCGCCGCCGUACCCGCCCACUCCGGCUCUCUGCUCUCCGCCUUCCGAACCCUGUUCUGCCCGGCCGCUUGGGCUCUGUCUCCAGCUCCGCUGCUCCAGCCUCCAGCAAUGUCAUUUUAUUCUCGUCAACGCGAUUUCAUGUUCUGUAUGUGUGGAGCUUUCCUCUCCUUGGAUUCAAUCAAGUAUGCACAUUGCCCAGCUUGCAAAAACAGGGUUAACAUGAAAGAUAUCAUUGGAAAAGAGAUACGGUAUACAAUUUCUGCAGAGGCUAUUAGAAGGGAGUUCGGCGUAUCUUCUUCAUUUGAUGAUUUUGAAGAAGAGAAGGAAUUGAAACAGAUGGAUUAUAAUGCAAAAUGCAAAGUGUGUCAAUAUAUGGGGAUGGCAUAUGUUGCUAGACAGAUAAGGUCUGCUGAUGAAGGCCAAACUAUCUUCUACACAUGCACUCAAUGUGGAAAUAAACAAACAGAGAAUUCGUAGACACAACAAUCUCGUCAUCUCCGCUGCAUGAAGCUUUUUAUAUCGCAUAUACCUCUAUCUUAUUAACAGCUACGGUCGUUGUUUACACCUUUUAUUCUCAUUCGCACUUGAUAUUUCACAUAUUAUUACUAUCAUCAUUGCUAGUGUUGUUAUUAUUAUAUUAUUAUUAUUACUCUGUAAUCUGUAUGAUGCAACAAAGUAGAGUAUGGAUGUCACCAAGUAAGAUGCCUGCAUGUUCCGCAAAUAGGUCUAUAAAUUCUAGAAA